AGUCUUGCCCUGACCAGUGUGGACUGCCAAGCUGCGUACAACAAAAGAACUCGGAUGUGUCGGCAGAUCAAAAGAAUCGAGAUUCAACACUCCCUCGACUUCUCUAUGACUUGGACGAAGCCUGUAAGAAAUAUUUGAACGAUGUGGAGAAAUCCAACCUUGCAAACGCAUGUAUGUUUGCUGCAUCGUCUCCAAACAGAAAAUAUAGAAUCCUAAAAUUCUUUGAACUGUUGGAAAAUAACAAGGUAGUGUUCUAUUAUCCCAUUAUUUCACUGAGGAGACUUUCCACGUUACGAUCUCAAAUUGAUGUUGUGAGGAUUAGGGUUGUGAUUAGGGUAUUCCUUUAAGGUUAGUGUUACGAUUAGGUUGUAGGAUUAGAGUUGAGGAGAUAAUGGUCAAUGUCAGAAUUUCAUGGUUUCUGCAAGGUGCAAUUUAACCCAUUGAGCACCAGCUCUCCUCUUGAUGAGUAGAAUUGUCUGGUGUUAGACAGAAAAAAUAAAGUAGGGGUGUAUUAGGGCACAAUGCAGUUUAUGGGUACACAUGAGAAGAUAGUGUGAUUUACUCAUUGAGCACCAGUGCUCUCCCCUUGAUGAGUAAUAAUAUUCUCUGGAAUUAGACAGAGUAAAAUAAUAAAGUAGGGCACAAUCUGGUGCAAUUUUUGGGUACACAUGGGCAGAUUAAUUAACAUGUUUAGGAGCACUAGCACCCUCUCUUCAUGGGUAAAGAUAAAUAUAAACCUUAAGAAGAUAUAGAGAAUAAUACAUGGGUGCUUGGAAAUACCAGAUUUAUUUUGAGUGUUGAACAUGAUAUCUCACAAGUGAGCGCAGUGAACGUGUGAGAUAUCAUGUUCAACACGAGAAAUAAAUCUGGUAUUUCCAAGCAUCCAUGUAUUUUUCUGUUUAUUAUAUAAAGGACAGUCUUUGAAAAGCGAUAAUUUUUACAGAAAAACGAUAAUUGAAAAGCGAUAAUUUUCACAUGUGAGAUUAUCACUUUUAUCAGUGCUCGAAAUCUCUAUAAAGCACUAUACUUUAUAUAAUAAAAUAAAAUAACUUAAUCGUUGUUCAUAAUUCAUAAUAAAGCAGCAAAUGACUUUCAAACAAGACAUCACAAAAGUUGAUCUCUAAAUUCUGUGUAUUUUCCUCCAAAUACCAGACUACCACAUAUAAUGAAAGAAUUAACAUUAUUUUCUCAUUCUGAUAACAGACCAUCAUCUGCUGCAUGAUAGUGCGUAGUGAAACUGAGCUGGUGUAAAAUCUUUUUAGAAUGAUAUAGGCACACUUCCUGGGGCGUUAUCUAUCUUGGAGAAAUACGCAAUCAAUUUGUUACGAGAUGAAAAACCUCCACAAUGGAAAGAGAUUAAGUUUAGUACAAGCAUUAUUCAAAAUAUGGUCUACCCUGUUCAAGGAGCUAUAGAUGUUCUUAAACAAAUGGGCUACACUCAGGUACGUCACAAAACUACAUGGUUGGAUAUUUUUGUGUGUGUUUUGAUGUUAUGUACUCAGGUGAAUAUACUGUAAUGUUUUUUAUGUUUUUCUGAGUGUAUAUCCACACCGGGCAAGCUGAAUAGUUAUCCCAAAGGCCGCGGGUUCGAUUCCCACCAUGGUCAGCCUGCCUUUUCAGCCUGCCCCAUGUGGAUAUACACUCAGAAUAACAUCAAAAACAUUACAUGGUUGAGGUUCCCACCAUGGUCAGCCUGCCCCAUGUGGAUAUACGCUCAGAGUAACAUCAAAAACAUUACAUGGUUGAGGUUCUCACCAUGGUCAGCCUGCCCCAUGUGGAUAUGCACUCAGAGUAACAUCAAAAACAUUACAUGGUUGAGGUUCUCACCAUGGUCAGCCUGCCCCAUGUGGAUAUACACUCAGAAUAACAUCAAAAACAUUACAUGGUUGAGGUUCCCACCAUGGUCAGCCUGCCCCAUGUGGAUAUACGCUCAGAGUAACAUCAAAAACAUUACAUGGUUGAGGUUCUCACCAUGGUCAGCCUGCCCCAUGUGGAUAUGCACUCAGAGUAACAUCAAAAACAUUACAUGGUUGAGGUUCUCACCAUGGUCAGCCUGCCCCAUGUGGAUAUACACUCAGAAUAACAUCAAAAACAUUACAUGGUUGAGGUUCCCACCAUGGUCAGCCUGCCCCAUGUGGAUAUACGCUCAGAGUAACAUCAAAAACAUUACAUGGUUGAGGUUCUCACCAUGGUCAGCCUGCCCCAUGUGGAUAUGCACUCAGAGUAACAUCAAAAACAUUACAUGGUUGAGGUUCUCACCAUGGUCAGCCUGCCCCAUGUGGAUAUACACUCAGAAUAACAUCAAAAACAUUACAUGGUUGAGGUUCCCACCAUGGUCAGCCUGCCCCAUGUGGAUAUACGUUCAGAGUAACAUCAAAAACAUUACAUGGUUGAGGUUCUCACCACACACUGAUUUUCUGGAGGACAUGUGAAUAUGGUGGCAAAUUGGCAAGCCCCCCCCCCCCCAGUAGUUAACAAAGUGCCUGCCACUGCCUUAAACUAACCCAUCAUGACAAUAUUAUUUCUCCAAUUUCUAGGAAACUAGGAUUGCUCUAACAUUCCCUCCUGAAGUUGACCAACCAAACAACCAAACCAUCAUAGUUCUCACUGCAGACUUAAGUAUCGCGCGUCAUGAGACUGAUGCUUUGAUUAACAAUAGACAUCCUUUCCUGCUGUUUAACCCAUCUGGCUUUGGUAGCAUGUCAGGGGGGAGCAUAUCUGAUGCUUCAAUCCAGGGGGGUGGGUUUUGUGGUGUCUGCAGUGAACAGAAUCUUGCCAAAAACUGUGUUCAAUGUGACAUGCAGUUUUGUCUUGAAUGUGAUGAACGCUGGCAUUGUCAUAAGUUGAGAAGAAAUCAUGUCAGAACUUCACUUCUUGCUGCCAAAGACAACGCUGCUGAUGAAAGAAGGUAGAAAAAAUCAUUUUUUAACUUUUUAUUUCCAGCCAAACCUCUUUAUGGACAUCUUUCUAAUACAGACGGUUAGCCUUGCUCCGACAAAAUUAUCAUGUAGUUUCUCUAUAAACACUCUACUGAGCCUCUUUAGGGCACCCAUAUCUUACUUAAACUUCUCACACCGUGCGGGAAAUUUUUGUUAAGGAAAUUUUUAUUUUUGGAUUUUGCUGCCGGGAAGAGGUAUUACAUUUCCUAGGCGUGCACCAGAACUCGGUUGCAGCCGGUUAGUUCCGGCUGGAACCACGAUUUUUCAGAGUUCCGGUUCCGGCCGGAACUAAUAAAAAAAGCAUGGCCGGAACCGGAACUCUGUCGUUUUCAGACACAUAGUAUCAAGUUUAUUUAUUGAAUAGCAUCGAUCAAACAGACUGAACAGAUCGCAUCUCAGGAGGAAAUUUGAACUACACAAGGAAAAUUUACACUAUUAAAACUUCAUUAUGAUGUUUAAUAUUUGUCAAUCUUUUUAUUAGACCAUUUGCGAGCUCUCUCUUUGAUGACAUGAAGUGUCUGCCUGUAUGGCAGCAGACAAAGUAACAGAUGACUACACAUGGCUUAAUAAAUCAGUUCCGGUUCCGGUCGGAACUUAAAAACUUGGUUCCGGUGCACCCCUAGGGCUUGCGGCAACCGUAUGGAGCUAAUACAUACAGUAACGUGAUACUUACUCUUACGACUUUUCAUUCACGAAGCAUUCUGGGUUUUUUUCAGGCGUCGACCUGUGCCUGUUCCACGACAACGCAAAAGCCAGAAAGCAGAAGACGGUAAUCUUAGAAAUUCUCAAAAUUUCCAAGAUCCCAGUAAUUACGUCGCGUUUCAACGUUGUAAGUAAAAUACGUUUAUUCGCUAUUCUUGGGAUAAAAACAGUUCUUGGCGUUUCAAGUUUUACACUCCACUAAACUCAUUAAUGAGAUGUUCUUGAAUUUUCAGAUAAUCCUUCUGGUAAUCAGGAGGUCAAACGACCACCUUCUCAGGUUGGAACAUCACCUGACAACAUGACGUCACACAUGACGUCACCUGGCAACAUGAGUAUCCACGUCAGUCCUUCUCAACAACAUCAGAGGUUGAAUGCAAUGCAUGGAGCUUAUGCUGUAACUCCUCUCACUGGACAUAACCAGGGUUUCAAUCAAUCCGGGAGUACGCAUCAAAAUAUGUACCAAUCAGAAAACAGGGCUCAAGAUUUCAACCAAUCAGGAAACAGUCCUCAUGGUUUCAACCAAUCAGGAAACAGUCCUCGAGGUUUCAACCAAUCAGGAGAGAGUGUUCAGAAGCAAACAGGUCACAAGCCUCUUCAGCGUCUCCUCUCUUGUCCGAACUGUUCGUUACUGUAUGAUGCAUCUCAAGGACAGUGUCCAAGUUGUGAUCCGAGCUUGAACAAAGAGAAACAACAACAACAACAAAGGUUUAACUUGGACUCGGCAGCAACAAAACUCCCUAACUUUCCCUCGGAUAUCUCCAACCAGCAAACGUUACUUAAAGAGAUGGCCAAGGCACAGGAACUAGCCAGUAGAACUCUGCCAGAUCCUCCACGUGGACCAGGCUUGGCUACACGUGUUAGUCACGGGGAAGAUUCAGUUUAUGAAGACAUGGAUGCAUUGUUGGAAUGGACAUGUGAACAUUGUACGUUUGCCAAUCCUUUGACGACCAAAGUCUGUCAGGCAUGUUUUAGAACACCUUCUGAUCUCAAGAAGUUCCCCAAUCUCGUAGAGGUAAACAUAAUCUUUAUUUACUAAGACUUGUUUUAAUAACUCCCAACCUGAUACUCGGGCUUUCCACUACCCUCCGAAACCCAGAAGCGGAAGUGAAAACCCCGAGUAUGAAUCAGGUUGAAUACCUCUUUGCUUGGUUUGAGCCGUCGUUCCAGGCCAGCGGAUGGUGCUCGACGUCAAAAAUGUUGACACGUGUGGGAACUAGACAAUUAAACGUCAUCUCUCAAUUCUGUUUCUUUCAAAUAGCUGUGGAUGGAGCGUUUUGAACGAAGUGGCUUCGAAGGUCCUUCCUUCUUCGUUUGGCUGCUAACUUUUUAAGGAAGGGCCUUGGCUCGAAACGUCGCAGUUCUCUUUGUAUUUUUCCCGUAGUUCCAUGCCUACACUGGCACAGAUCGUUUCAAUGAAAAUGAUGCAUUUAAUACCACCGUUGUAUCUCUGUCUUUAAAUCUAGUCGACUUUGAUUUUAACCUUACCAUGAUCUCCCAUAUACAUAGCCAUAAAACACGCCAGAAAAACAACUACUACGAAGUAUAAUUAUAACUAACUAUGAAGUAUAAUUAUAUAUAAUCCAUUUGUAAAUAUUUUAUAGUUUUCAAAUGAGCAUAGUAUAGUUUACCAUGUAUAAUAUAGAUAUAUGUUACAGGACCUCCCUGAAAAACACUUCGGUGAGUGGAGCUUCCUGAAUAAAUAUUAUUAUUAUUAUGUUUGCUUUAUGCUGUCUAGUAACCUCUUGAAUAUAUUUAUUCCUAGAAAUCAGCACCCUCGCCAGCAAAGCCCAUGGCGUCCUCUAAUCUCCCAGCGACAGGAGCGUGUGGAACACAACAAGGAGCUGUAUUCAUGACUCCAAAAACUCGUCCCCUCGAAGGAGGCAUCUACAUGUCACCUAAAGCAGGCGACACCCCCCCGUUACCAGCUAAGAAACAAUACGACAACAGCUAUUCUCCCGGGGAGAAGAUACUCGAUGCCCAGAAACAAAGAGAACAGCAAUUAUCGGAAAAGGAGAAAGGGAAAUUAUUUGACGCAGAAAAACGGGAAUUACACGAAAAAGGAUUGAUCACAGAACAUGAGAUUUACACCAUAGAUAGCCCAGAGGAGCUGAAUCGUUUAGUUGAGGCUAGGGUGAAAAGAAUGGGAAACCUGGAUCCUAGCCAGGGUUAUCCUAGAUCAGGGCACCCUGGCCAGGCAGGUUAUCCUGGACAGGCAGGGUAUUCUGGUCAGGCAGGGUAUUCUGGUCAGGCAGGGUAUUCUGGACAGGCAGCGUAUUCUGGUCAGGCAGGUUACCCUGGUCAGGCAGGGUAUUCUGGUCAGGCAGGGCAUUCUGGUCAGGCAGGGUAUCCUGAGGCCAAUCCUGGUGAUGAUCUUAAUCAACAACAAUUGAUGCAAUUAUUGGAGUCGGGAGUGAUCACUGAACAAGAUGUCAUCAAUAGCGAGAAGGCGCAAAGAAAUAUUGACGUGAACAGACAG